CGUUCAUCAAUUCUUGGAUGGGGGAUUUCUAUAUAUCCGUAUUUGGUUUUUAAUUGGCUGCUAGUGACUCAACAACUAGUAGCAUUUGCAUAUCUGUUCUGUAAUUACUACUAUGUUCACCAUUGGGUUGGGUAACUGACCCAAUAACAGAAGCAGAUUGGCAAAGCCUGAUGCUGAGGACGUUGAUUACUGACUACUGCUCACGAGUGCGUGCUGACCAAGCAAAUCCUCUGGUUUAUGUGAAUAUUCAACUAGGGUCUUAUGAUUCUUUCGAGUCAAGAAUGCACAGGUCAGCAUCAUCAAGCAAUGCAGGACUCUCCGAUGAGUUCUUUGUGAACUUGUCCCAGGCUGCCAUGGCAUCUCCGCUCCUCAAAGCUGCUGCGGCAUCGGAUGAUUUGCCAAAGUACGAUGACUACAUCACCGAAACGACCAAAAAAGAAACUGCUUUCCAUCAUCACAAGUCAACGGGAGAGAAGGCCGUUCACCUUAUCCCGGUCGUGUUAAUUCUAUGUGCUUUAACUCUAUGGCUUCUCUCUCGUCCUGCAGGUAAAAUAUGACGAAAGCCCCAUCGAUGCUUCAUAUUUCAAUGCCGUUGGGUAAUUAUUUUUCUCGCCUUUUUCUUGCUCUUUGGAAAUUUUGGCCAUGUAUUGUAAACUGUAACUUGUUCAUCAUUUAUCAACAAGCCCAUUGGUUUUUUAAUUUUUCAUGGAAUUAUGCAAAAUGAUGGUACCUUUAUUUUGACAUUCCAUGUGACUCGUUUUCGUCCGUCCUUGCCGUUGACGUUUUAGACUGUACGUUACUUAAUGAUCUUAUUAUGUAAUUGGUUGAGAGUUUGCAAUCGACCUGCCUAUAGGCCAGGAGACUGCCUCAGGCCUACAAACUGAAGCCCAUUUUUGGGCAGAGCCUAGG